AUGGAUGAAAUAACGGAGAGGAGCAAACUCCUGCUCAAUGUCCUUACGCCCAGGGGUUCGAGCCGGACACGAGUUGGGUACGCUGCCCAACGCCUCAGCACCGUUGCCGGUCAGAUGACCGAGCAUCUUCUUUUAUACACUUGUCUGCUUCUCUACUCCUUGACUCUACUCCCGAUCGCAUCGGCUCAGCUCAACUUCACGCCGGGACCAAGGCCCAUUCCUCUCAAUCACAAUUGUCUGGGCGAGUUGAUGUCGUCCGUUACCGAUACUACGCCAGACUAUUUCGCCAACAGGGGCAUCAAUCGCGUCCGCCAGCUCCCAUUCGAGUUUGGCGGCGAUGCAAGCUUUGCCACCUUUGUGUCUGCCAUUCCGGCCGACAAGAAAGUUUUGGUCGACCUGACCGAAGACAACAGGCAGGAGUGUAACCACGUCGAGUCGAUUACUGGAUACUCGCCAUUUUCGACUUGGGGGCGGCGCUCGAGGCUUCGCUACUCUGCUAAACUUUGCAAGGUUCGAACCCGGGCCAUGCCUCUUCGCGAAUUCUUAAUCGACAAGGACUUGCAGGGUGUUGAGUUUCAUGCUUCCGGCGGCCCUUGA